CAAGGGAUAAAGCAUAGAACAGACCAAGAAGAUAUCUGGUCCUGCUCAUCCAAGAUCAAGAAGUCUAGCAAAUCAGCGGGCGCAGGAUGGUCAGAAGGAAUGAAAGAGACAGUGGUGGAUCCACCCGUCGCAAAACGAUUUACUCAUUGUCAACUCAAUUCGAAUGACUCGAAGCUUUUUUUCUCUCUUUUACUUCAUCACUUGCUCCUGUCGACCCCUUUCACACAUUCCAUUCCUCCUGUUUGACCUCAUUCUCUCCCUGUCUUCUUCUGUCCCCCCUAUCCCUCUUCCACGCCAUCAUCCAAAAGUUCAACCCAAGUCGUCAUACUUUCCCCGCCUUGGCAAUCCCCAAUCCAAAUGCGUUCGACUUGAUCCGACUCUCCUACACACAAAGACGUCAACCCUCUGAUCAUGUCAAUUCUCUGGACGCAGGCAAAUCUGCCUGCCGAAGAACCGAUCCCGUUGACUCCGCGCGAAGCCGCCUCAGGACUGCUCGGGUCGGUAUCACUGACCUGCUGGAUUUUUCUCCUGGUCCCCCAAGUAAUCGAAAACUACCGCAACGGCAACGCCGACGCCAUCUCCCUCCUCUUCAUCUUCGUCUGGCUCAUCGGCGACAUCACCAACCUAAUCGGCGGUCUCUGGGCGGGCCUCGUCCCCGUCAUCGUCGCCAUCGCCGUCUACUUCUGCAUCGCCGACGGCGUCCUCAUCACCCAAUGCCUCUACUACAAGGCCAAGACAGCCCGUCUGCACAACGCCAUCCGAGACAGCCGGCGCCGCUCGUCGA